UGUGUGUGUGUGAGGGGAGGGGGGUGGUUAGCGUGGCUUUUUAUCCGCCGAUUCCAGGAUGCCUGUGUCCAGAACCCACCUGCCCGAGGAUGACGAAGUCAGACUCUAAGUCCGAGCUGUGCGACCUGGCCGUCACAACGACCCUGGCUGAGCCAGAGGAGAAGCGCCGCCCAAGCAGACGAGCUGCCCUGUUCCUGCGCUACGUCCAGCCCUGCCUGGCUGAGCUGCUGGGCUCCACGCUCUUCAUCUUCACCGGCUGCCUCUCGGUGGUGGAGAACGUCAGCGGGACCGGGAGGCUGCAGCCAGCUCUGGCCCAUGGCCUGGCACUGGGCAUCGUCAUCGCGGUGCUGGGGGAGAUCAGCGGUGGCCACUUCAACCCAGCGGUGUCUGUGUCUGUGUGCCUGAUUGGCGGUCUGAAGGUGGUUCUGCUCCUGCCCUACAUCAUCUCCCAGUUGUGUGGAGGCAUGAUCGGAGCUGCUCUGGCCAAGGUGGUUUCGCCUGUGGAGAGCUACCACAAUGCAUCUGGUGGGGCCUUUAAUGUGGUGCAGGCUGAGGGGCAGGUGGGCCCGGCCAUCGUGGCAGAGGUGGUCAUGACCCUGUUCCUGACCAUGGUGGUGUGCAUGGGCGCGGUAAACGGCAGGACCCGCAGCCUGCUGGCCCCCUUCUGCAUCGGCCUCACCGUCGCCGCAGACAUCUUGGCCGGAGGAGCCAUUUCUGGGGCCUGCAUGAACCCAGCCAGAGCCUUUGGCCCUGCGGUGGUGGCCAACUACUGGACCUACCACUGGAUCUACUGGGUGGCACCUGUGGUUGGAGCUCUGAUCACCGGCAGUCUCAUCAGGUUGCUGCUUGGCGAUGAGACGGUUCGAGUUUUCUUGAAGUGA